AUGCCGAUCUUACGUGUCAACCUUGAUCCCACCAUGGGAGGCAUAUUUAUCGGCGCAUUGUUUUCCGCAAUGUUCUAUGGGUUUACAUGCGCACAAGUCGUACAUUACUCUCGGAACUACCAUCAGCAUGACAAAGUGUUCGUAAAGAUUCUCGCACUAGUGUUGAUCACAGGGUUGAGGUUGUCUGCAUAUGGUCUGUCCAAGUUCACGUGUCAUACGUACACUUACUGUAUACAUCAUCAAUCGCGGGAUUCUGACAACUAUUUGAGUUCCAUCGACCAGGACAAGAUGAUCUGGGCGAUCUUCCAUUGCGCUGGAGGAAAGAUCUACGUGAACUCGAUGAUGGCCGUGCUCAAUGCCCGGAAGCACCUGAAAGGAGGCGUGUCGCAUGUAUCAGGUUUCACGGAAGACGCAUCUCGGACCUUGGUUUGA